GAUGUUCCAGAUUUUGCGUUCUACGAGAAUGAACCAUUUAUAAGCAAACGAUCCAGGUGGCAUGAAUAACCAUAAUUUAUGCACUCAGUUUCUUUUCUUGUAACUUAUGGAAAAAUUAAAAUCAGUGUUACAGUGUUCAGUGUCUGCCUGCCAGGGUAAUGGUAUAGUCAGACAUAAAACAAUAUUUGUAAAAGUUGUUUUGUACUUUACUACAUUCAAUUUUGCAAUGGCGAUCAAAUCUCAAUACUCCGGCGAUUACCGACCAUAUCCGAAAACCUCCGUACGUAAGGAACAAGUACACAAGUUCAAAAACUUUCUAAAAUUUUAUGUGGCAAAAAUACCGUCAAAAAUGGCACGGAUUCGAUUGAUCACCUUUGAUGCAACCAAUACUUUAUUUCGAGUUCGUGGGAGCGUUGGUGAAAUCUAUUGUCAAGUUGCUUUAAAAUAUGGCAUCAAAAUGGAUGCCAAGGUGGUUGAUGAGUGUUUCAAGGAAGCAUUCAAACGAUACAAUGACGAAUUUCCCAACUUUGGAGCAAAGGCUGGUUUGUCAUCCCAAAAAUGGUGGCAAGAUGUCAUUGGAUGUUCCUUGAAUCAACUAAUUCCAACUGAAACUCUUGAAAACAUGUCAUCGUAUUUAUAUGCAGAGUUUAUAAAUAAAGGUAACUGGGAGAUAUACAAAGAUACUGUUCCAGUGCUGAAAUUUUUUCAAAACAGGAACAUUAAACUUGGUGUUGUGUCCAAUUUUGAUGAAAGACUUUCAUUGAUAAUGAGAAAUUUAGACUUAGAUAAAUAUUUCGAUUUCAUAUUACCAUCAAGACAAACUAAAUGGUACAAACCAAUGAAACAAAUUUUUAACCAUGCUGCAUUGAUGGUUGAUAAAUGUCCACCUAGUCAAGUUAUUCAUGUCGGUGAUAAUUUUGAAUUGGAUUAUCUUGCUGCAUUGCAUGCUGGGUUGGAUGGUUAUCUGUUGCUACGGCAACCCACCAAUGACAAAAUUGACCAACUUUUAUCCAAGAAAGUUCCACGCCAUAAAAUCAUCCAUAGUUUAAAAGAACUUACUUGUUUACUUUAGCAGUGAGUGAAAUUAUGGCAUAUGUGAAUACUCCAAAAUUACUCUUGUGGUACUAACUAAUAUUGAUUGUCUUAGGUGAUUAUUAGACUUGUACGUAACAACAUUGAAACAGUGAUUUCUAGUACUAAAUCCAAAGUCUAAUAGAUUUUAAAUUUCAAUGUAGUCAAGAUGCAUGGGGCUAGUAUAGUUUACCAUUAUAUGGAUAGUGAGGACUGCAUAUUAUAUGGCGUUCAUUUCUAAUAAAAAUAUGAACCAAAGUACUCAAUUAAAGGUAUCACAUCUAUUUGAAACAUUAACUAGUAAAUUAUACUAAUUUAUUUGAUCAUGCGCUUGCAUAUUGGAAUUAUUAGUAGAAACUUAAAAUCAAUUGGUUUUAUAGUACAAUGUGCCAUCUACAAGGCAGACUAAAGAUCUCAGAUACUUCCAUCGAUUUCUUCGCCUGGUUUUACAUACAGAUCAUCAUCGCUUAUUAGCGCCUGAAAAAGCUGCAAAGUUUGGGGCAAACAGUAGCUUCUUAUUAAAUGAUGACAAGCAUAAUUCCUCACGUCAGUUAUCUCAAAGAUGUUUGCCAAAAAAAGAUGACCUUUGCUGGACCGCCAUCCACAUCAAUAAAAACGUAUCGAAACUUCGUGUAUACUUGCCUCAAAAUUAGAUUACUCCGAAAAUAUGGACAUAAAAUAUAAUUUAGUAAAACACAUUAAUUCUCUCAAAAAUAUAAUUAAUUUUAAAAAUUCUCUUAUAAUAAAAAGACCUAUUUACGUAAUAACAUAUAAACUCUACCGUUCCAUGUA